AUGAGUUUAGAAGAUCCAUACAAAGACAUCGACGAUGCUGAACGUCAGCCUUUGCUUCAAGACACCCCAUCAAUCCCUCGCUCAACCUCAAUCGAAGACUUUCCUCCACCUCCAGACGGCGGAGAAGCUUGGAUCCAAGUCUUCGCAGGUUUUCUCGUCCUGCUGAACACCUGGGGCUACAUAAACUCCUACUCUCUCUUCUCCUCCUACUACACAGAUAACCUUGGCCUCGACCUCACAGCAGUCUCAUGGAUUUCCUCGAUCCAGAUAUUCCUGGUUUUAUUCCUUGGAACUUUCAGCGGUCGAGCAGCAGAUGCGGGAUUCUUUCGGCUUUGCAUGGUUUCGGGGAUUACGCUGCAAUUGAUCGGAAUUUUCGCUACGAGUUUUGCUACGGUUUAUUGGCAGCUCUUGCUUUCUCAAGGGAUUAUUGGUGGUGUUGGGAGUGGACUGGUGUUUUGCCCUACGAUUUCGCUGAUUGCUACUUACUUCUCGUCGAAGAAGACUUUGGCUUUGAGUACCAUGGCUUCAGGGACGGGGGUUGGUGGAGUCGUGUUUCCUGCCAUUGCACAACAACUCCUGCCGACUGUUGGAUUCGCAUGGACAGUCCGUGUAAUGGGAUUCGUGGUCCUCGCCUUUUCCAUCCUCGCCGUCAUUUUACUGAAGCCGAGACUCCCGCCUAGGAGUUCUGGAGCGAUGGUCGAAUGGGAAGCAUUCAAAGAAAAACCCUACACUCUAUUCACCAUCGGCAUGUUUUUGACGUUGUGGGCAAUUUAUGUCGCUUUUAGCUUCAUCACCCGCUACGCGACCACAAUCAUAGGAACCUCCCGCUCCACCUCCCUCACAAUCUUCCUCCUCCUAAACGCCAUGGGGGCACCAGGCCGCAUCCUCCCCGGCCUCCUCGCCGACCGCUUCGGUGUUUUAAAUACCAUGAUCCCUUUCACCUUCCUCACAUCAAUUCUCUACUUCAUCUGGAUCUCCAUCUCCUCUGAACCCCAACUCUUCGUUUUCGCGAUCGUUUUCGGCCUCGUUGAUUCCGCCGUUCAGGGUCUCGUUCUCGGUGGUUUGAGCACUGUUACGCCCAAUGUGAGGAAGAUGGGAACGAGGUCGGGGAUGAUUUUGAGUUGUGUGAGUUUUGCGGCGUUGACGGGAGGGCCGAUUUUUGGGGCUUUGGUGGAGAAGGGUGGGGAUGAUGGGAGAGGGUUUUUGUAUGCGAAUAUUUGGGGUGGGUGCUCGAUUUUUGCUGGGGGGUGUUUUCUGUUGGCGGCUAGGGUUGCCGGUGUGGGUUGGGGGUUGAGGAGGAAGAUGUGA